AUGACUGCCAGCAACUCUCCCCCGGGGUUGAAAGAUAGAGUCUUCGUCCUCGUUACCGGUGCCAAUAGCGGUCUAGGCUAUUCGAUAUGUUGUCGCCUCAUUGACGAAUUCCUCCAGAACAAGAACCGGCCCCAAUCGCAGGGCCUGACGGUGAUAUUCACGACAAGAAGCACGAGAAAGGGCAACGACACUCUCGCGCGGCUAUCGGCACAUCUUACACAAUGCUGUUCCUCUGACCCACAGUCGCUGUCCCGGGUGACCUUCGUCUCGGAGAAUGUCGACCUGUCCAAUCUUGUCUCCGUUCGUGCGCUGUCUCGAAGACUUCUCCGGACGAUUCCCAAGCUCGAUGCUAUUAUACUCAAUGCCGGUCUAGGCGGGUGGACGGGUAUCGACUGGCCCCGCGCAGUAUGGGGCGUCACGACUGAUCUUGUCCAUCAGGUGUCGUGGCCUUCGUAUAAGCUUGGUCAGGUUGGGGUGCUUAAUCCGCUACAGAUUCCGGCGGAGAAAAUGUCAGAGGAAGAGCCGAGACUAGGUGCUAUUUUCUGCGCAAAUGUCUUCGGUCACUAUAUGCUUGCGCAUAAUGUGGUUCCGCUUUUGAAGCGGUCGUCGUCAUCGUUGUCGAGAGAUGGUGUUCCCGGGAGGAUUAUAUGGGUUUCUAGUCUCGAAGCUACCACUUCCCUGUUCGAUGUAAAUGAUAUCCAGGGUCUACGGUCCGAGACGCCGUACGAAUCCUCCAAGGCAUUGACGGAUAUUCUGGCCCUGACGUCCAACCUCCCUAGUACGGCACCCUGGGUUAAUAGCUUUUACUCUACUACCGGUGACCAGGACAAGAAAGAUGAAGAACAUGAAAAUCCAACCAUGUACCUCUCCCACCCCGGUAUCUGUGGUACGGGCAUCCUCCCCCUCUCUCUCCCCCUUUUCUACCUGAUGAUCUGCGCCUUCUGGAUGGCCCGCUUCCUCGGAUCCCCCUGGCACACUCUCUCCACGUACCUGGGCGCCUCGGCUCCGGUCUGGCUCGCUCUAUCCUCCCAAACGGACCUGGAUGACGCCGAGUCUCCCUACGCGCGCAACGACGGUGGACGCGUAAAAUGGGGCUCGUCCUGCGAUCGGUUUGGUCGAGGACAGCCCGCUAGCACCGAGAUCGACGGCUGGGGACACGGUGGGGUCGUGGGACCUGCUAUUGUCGAGGCGGAUCGGGCCCGGCGGAGGAAAAGGGGUACUAAGGAUUUGACGGUUGAGGAAAAGGAGAGAUUUGUGGAGUUGGGUCGGUUAUGCUGGAUGCAGAUGGAAGAGUUGAGGAUUUUGUGGGAUGGUAUUUUGGAUCGGGCUGGUGUUUGA